AUAGUUCUAGAAGAGGUAGCCGUAAUCGUAAACGAAGUGGUAGUAAUUUAGAAAUAGCUUCUACGGAGACUAAUAUUAUCACGCUUAUUACUCCUAACGAUGAAUCUGGUCGUGGAAGAGGUGGCUGUGGGAGAAGUGGUUGUGGAAGAG